AUGAGUGGCUCCUUCGAUCGCAAGCUCGGCAGCAUCCUCACCGACAUCUCCAGCUCGCUGAGCUGCCAUGCGGGCUCCAAGGACUCGCCCACCCUGCCCGAGUCCUCGGUCACUGAUCUGGGCUACUACAGCGCUCCCCAGCACGACUACUACUCGGGCCAGCCGUACGGCCAGACGGUGAACCCCUACACCUACCACCACCAGUUCAAUCUCAACGGGCUUGCGGGCACGGGCGCCUACUCGCCCAAGUCGGAAUAUACUUAUGGAGCCUCCUACCGGCAGUACGGGGCGUACCGGGAGCAGCCGUUGCCCGCCCAGGAUCCAGUAUCCGUGAAGGAGGAGCCGGAAGCCGAGGUGCGCAUGGUGAACGGGAAGCCCAAGAAGGUCCGCAAGCCCCGCACCAUCUACUCCAGCUACCAACUGGCCGCCCUGCAGCGCCGCUUCCAGAAGGCUCAGUACCUGGCGCUGCCCGAACGCGCCGAGCUGGCCGCGCAGCUCGGCCUCACGCAGACACAGGUGAAGAUUUGGUUCCAGAACCGCCGCUCCAAGUUCAAGAAGCUUUAUAAGAACGGGGAGGUGCCCUUGGAGCAUAGCCCCAACAAUAGUGAUUCCAUGGCCUGCAACUCACCACCGUCACCCGCUCUCUGGGACACCUCCGCCCACUCCACUCCGGCCCCUGCCCGAAGUCAGCUGCCCCCGCCGCUCCCGUACAGCGCCUCUCCGAGCUAUCUGGACGACCCCACCAACUCCUGGUACCAUUCACAGAACCUGAGUGGACCCCACUUACAGCAGCCGCCUCAGCCGGCCGCCCUGCAUCACGCCUCCCCGGGCCCCCCGCCCAACCCCGGAGCUGUGUACUGAGCACCCACCUGCC